GAUUUGGUCCAUUUUGAGAGCAGGGGUGUAGCCACUUAGCCCACCCAUUUAGCAUUCAGGCCCACCCCCAGCUCUGUGCUGGCCCCAGCGCUUGCCCCGCUCUGCCCACCUGCCCUGCACUCCUGCCAGGGAGUGGGGUUGGGGGUGCAGGUCGUGCUCGGGUCUGCCCACCUGGCACUCCUGCUGGGGUCGGGUGGAGCGGGGCAAGCCCCAGCACGCCCACCCCGCUCCCUGGCAGGAGCGUUGGAUGGGCGGAGCGGGUGGGGGCACGGGAGCACCCAUUUUCCAGGGGUCCAGGUUGGCCCACUGGCUAAGUCGCCACUGUGAGGAGGGCAAGCGAGCAGGCAGCCGGUAGCGGUAGAGGAGAUCUUCAAAAAAGGUAGCCCACUGCCUGGGGGAGCCAGGCCUGGCAUAGGGCAGUGGGACCUGGAAGGGAGCCGGGAGCUGUGCGCGCUGGAGCGCAGCCUCUCCUCCCAGAGCUGGGUGCGUGCCCAGGGCCCUGGGGAGCCCCUGGCCAGAGGGCCCAUCCAUUGUGUAGCUGCAGGGGGUGAGGGAAGGCAGGCCCCCAUCCCUCGUGCCUUUCCAGACUCCCCUUCCCCAUAAUUGCCCUCCCCACCAGAAGUCGGGGCCCACCCAAAUAUCCCAUGCUGGCUACGCCACUGCUUGAGAGAAACCAUGCUCUAGUGGGGACCAGGAACCAGGAGACCUCGGCUCUGGGAGUCAGGACCCAAGACUAAUAGGACUAUAUGAUCUGCUGUAUGUGACACAAAAACAGUUGUAAUCAGUGUCAAACUAUGAAUGGCAUAAAAACCUAUAAAUAGCAACGUGUAUGUGUAGCCUAAGUGUAGCACUUUAACGAGGGGCAGUUAAAAUUCACUUCUGAGUCAGAUACACCCAGGCAUCAGAUGUUCCUGAUUAUUUAUAUACAGCUGCACCUGUUGCUUACAUCUCUGGGAAUAUUUAUAUCAUUAAAACAACUUAACAGCAGUGAAGACUUCUGCCAUGGCAGCAAAACCUAUUGUGACUUCAAAGCAGAGAGAGGAGGUGGUGAGGGGUGUCCCAACAGAGGUGGUGUGCACUGCCUUCUCCAACUCCAUUCUUGUGGUGGUGACGCAGUAUGGGAAGAUGGGAACGCUCGUCUCUGUGGACCCCAGCACAAUAGCCAAUGACAUCAGCAAACCUUCACUCACCACAAAAGUGCUGCUGGGUACAGAUGAGCCCCUCAUCCAUGUUUGUGCUAAAAACCUGGUGACAUUUGUGUCUCAGGAAGCUGGGAACAAACCUGUUCUCCUGGCUAUAGCUUUGAAGGACAAGAGCAUGGAAGGAAUAAAAGCACUGCAGGAGUUGAUCCGAAGUUGCCAAGUGUGGUGAAGCUGGGCUGUCUGGAUGCAAGGAAGGGAUCCUGGGUCAGUGACCUACUACUGUUUAUUUAAAAGGACAAAACAUGCCUUUAUGCUGGUUUUGGAUCCUGUUGAGGAUUUCAUUAAUUUUCUCUACUAUGUAGAACAUUGGGAGAUUUUGCUGCUGUUGUUGGGGUUGGAGCCCAUGCAGUUAGCAGUGAAGUUAGAAUGUUUUUCUCAACACAAAAUGAAAUUUCAUUUCCAUCGCAUUGGGUGGGGGAUGUAUAUUUGGAAAACUGCGUAUGUCUUUGCAGCAGUGUCCAGAGAAGUAAAUGGCUUCAAGCGAUGUAACAAUGAAACACUGCUGUAAAGUAUAAAAUGUGAUGUAGAAUGAAUAAAAAUACACAUUGGCAAAUG